AUGUAUGACUUCGGCCCUGCAAAAGUGAUGAAGCAAGAGAACCUCAAUGGCACCACCUCCCAACCUCAGAAUGGCAAACCGAAACCGGUGUUUGCAGCCCAGCGAAUCCCCUUCAAUCCUGCGCAAGGUCCGAAGAAGUUGGUGGUGAAGAACCUUCGAGCCGCUCCUCGACUAGACACAAGGCUGUAUUUCGAGAAGACGUGGGCAGAAGAAGACAAGGCACUCGACGCCAUCUUCGGUAAUGAGAAGGAUCCAUACUCUCUAGAAGAGCUCUACAAGGGUGCAGAGAACACAUGUCGGCAUGGUCACAGUGCCGACCUCUACCACAAUCUGUGCAACAAGUGCGAAGCCCAUCUCAACUCUUUAAGAGACAAGAUCAAGCGAGAAGAGGUAACUUCUUCAGACAUUGACUGUCUCAAAACAUUUGUCAACGCCUGGCAGACGUGGCAAAGGCAGCUGCAGACCGUACGACAGAUCUUUUUCUACAUGGACCAAACUUAUUGCCUGCGGUCUCCCGACAAAACAAGCAUUUCACAAAUGGGCUUGACCAAGUUUCGCUCGACUCUUUUCCAGGAACCUUUCAUCAAGCAGAAGGUCCUCCAGGGCGUCAUGACUCUGAUGGAUUACGACCGUAAGGGAAACCUCGGUGAAAAUGACCGAGGUCUUCUGCGGCAGUCAGUUGACUCUUUCCACGAAUUGAGCACCUACACGAACGACUUCGAGCCUAUAUUCCUCGUAGCAACUGAGCAGUACUUUCGAAGCUGGCGAGAGGCGGAAUCAGACAAAGCCUCAUUAGGUAAUUAUGUGAAUAAUUGUACCGAGCUCUUUGCACGGGAAAUGGCCAGAUGUGACUGGCUGACUCUGGACCGCAACACCCGCAUCAAGAUCUCCGAGCUAUUCGACAGGGUUCUGGUCGAAGAGGAGGUCGAGACACUUUCCAACGAUGAUGGCAUCCUUGAUCUUCUGGAGGACGACAAAUUUGAAGAAUUGGAAAGAGUCUACACCUUGCUACAACGCAAAGGACACGGCAGCUUGAUCGUGCCAUGCUUUAGCAAGUAUGUUGAGACGGAAGGAUCAGUCAUCGUCUUUGACGAGAAGCGAGAGUCAGAGAUGGUCAUUCGACUGCUCGAAUUCAAGCGAAGGCUCGAUCACUACCUCAAGUAUUCUUUCCACAAGAACGAGACGCUGGGGAAUGCCUUGCACAAGGCGUUCGAGACGUUCAUCAACAAGACCAAGAAAUCCCAGUCAAAUUGGGAUACCGACAAUGCGAAACCCGGCGAAAUGAUCGCGAAGCACGUCGACCUCCUCCUCAAAGGCGGCGUCAAAGCAGUGCCUCGCCUCCAGACUCAAAAGACCGACCUGUCCAAACCUGAUGAAGAACAUGAUUUCGACGACAACCCUGCGGACGAAGAUGCCGAGAUCAACCAACAUCUUUCCAACGCCCUCGACCUCUUCCGCUUUGUCCACGGCAAAGCUGUGUUCGAGGCCUUCUACAAGAAAGACCUGGCCCGUCGCUUGCUCAUGGGCCGUAGCGCCUCCUUCGACGCUGAACGAAACAUGCUCACGCGCCUAAAGAAUGAAUGCGGCGCCGCCUUCACGCACAAUCUCGAGUCCAUGUUCAAGGACAUGGACCUCGCACGAGAAGAAAUGAUGUCCUAUAAUCAAUUGCUUGACGACAGAGGCGGGAAAGAACCCGGCCUCCCCGAUCUCCACGUAAACGUCCUCUCUGCGUCAGCAUGGCCCACGUACCCAGACGUUGCAAUAAACAUCCCCCCACACAUCACCAAAGUCAUGGCCUCCUUCGAAAAGCACUACAAGGCGAAACAUUCCGGCCGCAAACUGACUUGGAAACACGCCCUGGCCCACUGUCAUCUGCGCGCCAAAUUCCCAAAAGGGAACAAGGAACUUGUGGUGUCGGGCUUCCAGGCGGUCGUCCUGUUACUGUUCAACGACAUCCCCUCCGACAAACAUCUAACGUACGCCGAGAUCAAAGCCAGCAGCGGCCUCGUCGACGCCGAACUGAAACGUACGCUCCAAUCCCUCGCGUGCGCGAAAUACCAAGUCCUCCGCAAACAUCCCCGCGGCCGCGACGUCAGCGACACCGACACCUUUGCCUUCGCGCACACCUUUAGCGACGCCAAGAUGCGCAUCAAGAUCAACCAGAUCCAACUCAAGGAGACGAAGGAGGAGAACCGCGAGACGCACGUACGAGUCGCGGCGGAUCGGCACUACGAGACCCAGGCCGCGAUCGUCAGGAUCAUGAAAUCUCGCAAGAAGAUCGGCCACAAUGAGUUGGUCGUCGAGGUCAUCAAGGCGACCAUGUCCCGCGGCGUGCUGGAUCAGGCCGACAUCAAGCGGAACAUUGAAAAGUGA